AUUUAUGUCCAUCUACCCAAUAAAUAAAAUGAAAAUACCAAUUUUCUUCUUUCAUUAAACAAUCAUAUUAGUGACUAUUGAAUAUGUUAAUGUCACUAAUUUUUUAAGAUAAAAUGCUCAAAAUGUCCUUCUUAUAGGUUAAAAUCCUAUAUAUACCCUCCAACUAAGUUUGAGGCUAAGGACCAAAGGACCUGUGGCAUUUGCAUACUUCAACAACACAGACAAAAAUGGUAAGUUUCAUACAUCAUUCCUAAAUUUGAUAAUAUUUCACCGACCCUAUUCUAUUCUCUAGUUAUUUAAAAAAAAAAAAAAAUCAAGUAAAAAGACUAGUUUACCCCUUACCCCUUCCGUCUCUCUCAAACCAUCCCUAAACCCAGAUGAUUUGUUUAAACCUAACCAGAUCUGGUUCGAGUCUAGAAAAUCAGACCCAAUUGGAUCUGGGUUCUUUCGUUCCUAAACCCUCCUCAGUGGGUGGAUGACUGGGUGUAGCAAUACAAUCUUUGUGGGAGCGGCUUUUACAGUUAGGUUUGGACGAGAGGCCGAUGGAGAGGCAACUGUACGAAGAGUGAGUGAAACUGAAGACUUUACUUGUAGCAAAGCUGCUGUUUGUUUGUGGUGGCGGCAGUAGUGAAUAAUGUUGUCGUUGCAGAAGAAGAAGAGCUUCUUCCUCCACCAAAGUUACAGUCGUUCCGCCAUCAGGAACCUCCUUGUCAUGACUUCCCUGCCCUUUCACCUGACCCGCCGGCCCUUCUCUUCUUCUGAUUACGACGGCAACGAUAAUGAUAUUAUGAUUCCUCCAUCAUCGCCAUCAUCAUCAUCAUCCUGCGGUUUCAGCCCUCUUCCGUCCCUCCAGCCCUCACACGACGCCGACCUCGUCUCCAGAAUCCUCCUCCAACACCACAACCCCUACCACGCCAUGGAAUCCUCUCUCCAGCUCUACGGCAUCUCCCUCUCCACCCGCCUCGUCCACCAAACCCUCCUCCGUCUCUCCAACUGUUCCAAGAUCGCCCUUUCCUUCUUCUCUUGGGCCAAAUCCCAACCCUCCUACCGCCAUGACGCCCCCGCCUUCCACCUCCUCAUCGACAUUCUCGCCAAAGUCCGCCAAUUCGACGUCGCCUGGCAGCUCAUCCUCGAAAUGUCCCAUUCACAACAUAAUUAUAAUCCUCACGUCAAACCCACAUCUGCCACUUUCGCAAUCUUGAUCCGCAGGUUGGUCUCUUCCGGCUUGACUCGCCAAGCCGUCCGCGCGUUCGAAGAUAUGGAGUGUUUCGUCGACAGGCAAGCUGACCGUUACGAUUUUUGCUUCCUUCUCGAUACCCUUUGCAAGUACGGUUACGUGAAGGCAGCCACGGAGUUAUUCAACAAAAGCAGGUCUAGAUUCGAGCCCGACGUCAAAUUGUACACCGUCUUGAUUUACGGUUGGUGCAAGAUAAACAGGCCACAAAUGGGGGAGAGGUUCUUCAGGGAGAUGGUGGAUCGCGGGAUUGAGCCCAAUGUAAUUGCUUACAACGUCUUGCUGAAUGGGAUCUGCAGGAGGUCGAGUUUGCACCCGGAGGAUCGAUUCGAGAGGACCGUUCGAGCUGCAGAGAAACUGCUCGACGAAAUGCGCGAGAGGGGGAUUCAGCCCGACGUCACCAGUUACUCUGUCGUGCUUCACGUCUACAGCCGGGCACAUAAACCCGAGUUGUGUCUGGAAAAGUUGAAGGACAUGAAAAGCAUGGGUAUAUGCCCAACGGUGGCGACGUAUACUUCGGUUGUGAAAUGCCUUAGUUCAUGCGGGCGACUAGAAGAUGCCAUAGAAUUGGUGAGCGAGAUGGAACGUAAUGGGGUGACUCCGUCGGCUGCAACUUUCAACUGUUUCUUCAAGGAAUACAGGGGAAGGAAGGAUGCGGAGAGUGCUGUGACAUUGUACCGGAAGUUGAAGUUGAAGCAGCCGCCUAGCGUCAGCAUCAGUAUCAAGACGUACAAUAUUUUAGCGGGAAUGUUUGCGAAGUUGAACCAAAUGGAGGUUGUGGAAGAGAUAUGGGAUGAUAUGAAGGGUAGUGGGGCUGGGCCAGAUCUGGAUUCCUACACAGUGCUGAUUCAUGCCUAUUGCGAGAAGCAGCGGUGGAGAAAAGCCUGCCACUUGUUUGUGGAAAUGAUAGAGAGGGGCUUGCUUCCCCAAAAGACAACAUUUGAGACGCUGUACCGGGGGUUAAUACAGGCUGAUAAGCUGAGAACCUGGAGAAGGUUGAAGAAGAAGCUGGAGCAAGAGUCCAUAACAUUUGGUGCCGAAUUCCAGGCUUACCACUUGAAGCCUUACAGGAGAUGAAUCCAUCCUAAUUCCCCUAUUAUUAUUGCAGUAGUAAAUUAAGUUUGUGAUGAUGAUGAUGAUGAUAGUUUUGAUAUUUGUAUAUAUGAAAACAAAAGUCAAAAAAUUGAUGUUUCACCCCUUCA